AUAUUACGGCCUACGGGUCACGUGAGAACAAAAUGGCGAAUGACAAUCCUGAUUUGUUCAAAACGCACAUUCCAAAGGAUUAAUUUACCAAAUUCGCAGCUAGAAUGUGACUGAAAAACUGCAUUACAAUUUUAAAGGAACCGAUACAGAUACAUUUUGAUAUAUUACGGCUUAGAUAUGAAUUCGUAUCGAGAUAUUUGGUAUGUUAAAAUAUUGCACGAGUUUCCACACUUGGACUUCUCUUUCCAAGAGACAAACUCUACUUUUGAACCAGAAAACAGAAGUUAUCAAGAGUCCUUAAUUUUAUGGGGAGCAGCCCCAGUGGCCUUUAUUCUGGUGAUUCUGUUUCUGGCUUCCUGUUGUCUGUGUGUGCAGUGUGUGAAGAAGAAGCCUCAGAAGGCACAACGAACCACAUGUAUCCGAAUAUUAGUGGCAAUCUUCAUAAUUUUUUCCAUAGGUGGAGUAGCUGUGGGAUUUUUUGGCAAUGAGCAAGUUGGUAAAGGAGCAAAGGAGUUCUUCAAUUCCUUGGAUGACGCAAACCAAACUCUGGGAGAAAUCUCAGUUACACUAGAUACACUCGAUGAUGUGGUCGAUGAAUUCAAUGGACCAGCUGGGGUGCAGGCUUUGAAAGAGUUGCUCAGCAAAUUAGGUAAUCAAACAGCCAAUCAAACUCUCUCCCCCUUCCUAAACCAGAUAGAAGAUCAUGCCAAGAAAACAAAGAAUGAGAUAGACAGUGUCAAGUCCAACUUGCCGAGUCUUCUCCUGCAGAAGUUUUCCAAACAGGCGGUGGAUGUCGAGUUUAUCAGAUGGACAGUCACUAUAGUGUUGCUGUGCUUCUCUCUCUUCAUCCUCCUGACGACCAGCCUUGGUUGUUACAAGAAAUCACGAUGUCUUAUAAUGACAUCUGUCAUCCUGGGCUUCUUUGGACUGUUACUUGUGUGGGCCGGAAGUGGAGCCUAUCUGGGGAUCUCAGUGGGAAUGUCUGACUUGUGCUUUGACCCAGACACUUUUGUGGAGUCCCUGGGAGAAGAUGAAGCCCAGAAAGAUGUGAUCAAGGAAUAUUCUCAGUGUCAGGUCGGCAAAGGAAUUCCUCCCAUGUUUAAAAAGGAUAUUCAAGAUGCUGUCUAUGAAGUGUCAAAGGCUAACUCAACACUUGAUAAAUUCCUCAAUGAAAGCAUCAAGUUCAUCCGCGUGGAACAGAUGAGCAAGCCUAUACUCUACAUGAGGCUACAUGUGGACUAUACCUUUGGGAAUGUGACUUCUCUUGGCGAGUUGCUGGACUGCCGCACUCUUCAUAAGGAUUACACAAAGGCAGUGGAAGGGGUCUGUGAGACUGCAUUAGUUGGAGUGGCCCUCCUGCUUCUGAUGUUGCCCUUCGCUGGGCUCUGUAUGAUUAUCGUACAGUGUUUGCUGCCUAGAGUGUGGUACCUGACAGGGCUCAAGAGAGGUUACCGUCCAGUGGAUGAUUCUGACCCCUUCUGUCACCGCCCCCCUCCCUAUAACGGUUAUGGCACCAUGGAGGCUGAGAGGAGGGGUGGGGCCCGAGAGAGCUGCACACUGGAGUACUACCGCGAUCUUCGCAGGAGUGCUGAUGAACUUCGAUCUGAGGAGAGGGUUCCCAUGAAUGACUCCCCACCCCCUGCGUAUCACCCAGGAGGGUUUCCACGGCGAUAUGAGAUUGAGUAGCCCACUAUAGACCUCUACCCAAGUUACGCACUGUUGAGUGAUUAUUCCAUAUAUCUUUGUAUUGAAAUAUUUUGCUGUAACUAAUGAAAUCACAAUUUUUAGAAUACUCAAAUGAUAUGUUUUGAUGGUUGUCGUGCCAGCUUUUGAAUGUACUGGUACUCAGUUAUGAUGGCCUUAGUGGACAAUGACUCCAAUCCUUUAAAAAUUGCAACUCUUAGAGAAAAUUAGAAUUUCUAGUACAAAUGUGAAUAUUUUUAUUUUGACAAAUUUCAAAACCUAAGCUUGGCAGAAUUUGUAAAAUCAGUAUUAGUAUUUUCUGAAGCACUGCAUGUUAGAGAUGUGAAGCUUGGUGAUUUCUCGAAUGACAUGAGUGAAUUCCUUCACUGUUGUCAAGUUUUAUAUUUUUAGCUUGUAUUGAUAAAUUUUAUAAAACAAUACAGUUUGAAUACACGCUAGUGCAGCUGCACCUAAAUGUACUCAUUUUUUUGUCUCCUCUACAAUUUGUUUAAUGGCCAUACAGAGUCCAGUGUUGAUUUAUUUACUGGUUGACCAGUGAUGAUUAAUAGCAUUGUUAAUUAAUUUUUACCAAAACAUUGAUAUAAGUCUAUGCAAAAAAAAAGAAACAUAAUAUAAAGUGUUGUGUUGAAAUUAAUGGAUGAGUCCAUGGCAUGUAAAAAUUGGUUGUAAAAUAUUUUAGUUCUAAUUUUUGAUAAGAUUUAGUUUAAAUUUUCCUGAAAUGCUUGCUUAAAAGAGCUUCAUAUAUGAAGGGUUGUUUCUAUUGUUAAUUUUGAUAUUUAUUAACUGUAUAACAGGGUCAGUUUGAAUAAUGAAAACAGCAGAAGUAAGUGCGGAUUGCUGUUAGAGGAGCCGCAAUUUUCAUGUCGAAUUUUUUUGUAAAAUUGUAAUUACCUACUAUAAUAAUGUUUAUAAACUAUUUCGUGGCGUUGAAGCAAAAGUUAAUGUACAUUAUUCUGUGGGCAGUGUGUAUGAAUUCAUACCAAUAAGUAUGGCUGUGUGUUAUCAAACUAGAUUUUUAUUGCAUUGAGCUUUUAAUAGAUUAAAAUAUGGGAAUGUGGUGAAUGUUUUGUAAUAAGCAACAUUCUGGUGUGUGAGUUUUGAUGUCUUGCACGCUGAAAUCAGUGUUUGGAGAAACAGAUUCAGGUGCAGCUUCAAAGUAAGUUUAUAGUUUCUAGAAUAUUUUGUUGUUGCUUUUUAAUGCCCUGCCAAUGCAGUGGAUGUUGACUUAUAGUCUAUUUCCCUUAUUAUUAUGUAAACAUGUUGUUUAGUUUUGGUUUGAAUAUUGUUUAAGAUUAUGAUUGUAAUUUUUUGCUCAUUUCAUUUACCGGUACAUGCAAUAUAUAUAAUGACAUUGUUUACCUGAUCAAGCUUUAUUCGAACCACAGUGCUGAAGUCAGAGAAUUCCUCACUAUAAGUGUCUCUUGUAUGUACUUGAAUUCCAGUACCCCAGAUUAUUGUAAUGAUAUUUUUGUAUUGUCACUGAGAUUUAAGAUAUGUUAACCAAUCAUAGCCUUUGGCCGUCACGUCAGGAACAGCGCCAUUGGUCACUCUGUGUCAGGGACAGCGCCAUUGGUCGAAUCUGAACUAGCACCAUCGAUGUCUAAAACAGCACCCUCUGUGUUGAAAUUUUCUCUUGGAAUUUUCUCUCAGGAUAAUGAAUCUCAGAAUUAUUACAUAUUUUGCUUACAGUUUUUAAUGAACUUCACAGUAAUGUCAAAGGUUGUGAUUCAGAACUGAUGCUUCUUUACUGUCUCUAUACAUCAUAAUUUGUACACAAAGCCAAGCUUUUGAUAUUCUGGAUUUUAUUUCUAAUUUCUAUCAGUGGGGACAUCUGUAUCAAUAAUGUGCAAUGCAUUUUUUUGCAUAAUAGAAAACAAAUAUGUUAAAUAGUCAAAUAAUUGUCAUGUAUUGGGUAAUUUCAAUGCAGUCUUCAAAUACUCUUAUCUGCAGUUGAAAAAAAUGAUUGCAUUUUAUAUUCUUAUCAUAAUUUUUCUUUUCCUGACACUGAUUUUUGUAACGAAGUUUUCCUGCAAAGUGUCUUGUUUUGGGAGGUUAUCAUAUUAAUUACUGUCGAGCAGCCUUCUUCAUCAUCGCCAUCAUUUCCUGUACACUCACCAAGCUGUACAGCUUAUUUAGCACUGAUCACUUUGAUGUUGUAGAGUACAAAAUACUUGCAUUGACAAUGGCAAGGUUCGACCUGAACUAAAAACAACGAAAUUGUACCUGAUCCUAAAGCAUACCCGUUGGUCAUUGGGUUAAAGAUUCAUUACUAAUCUUUAUUUUUAUAUAACAGGACUUUGAUUUGACAAGUUCCAUAUGAAAAAAAAAUUUUUGUUUUGUGUCUUUGUAAGCAUCAAAUCCACUUUCCUCUUUGUCGGUCUAACAUACAAGUACCAUGUUUUCUAACCAAAACAAGUUAAAACAGCAGGGUACGCAUGUACAUGUAGUAGUUAAAAUUAGAAUUUGUGAUACAAGGAAAUUGAGACACAACUCUCCCCAAAUUCAAUACUGUAGAUUCUUAUUUAAAUGUGAGGAAUUUUUGCGUAAAAUUGCGAGAAGCAACCCUCGCAGAUUUUAAAAUCUUGCUUUUAUUUUUUAGACAGUUUUGAACUAUAGGAAAUGUUAACAAACUAUUGGUGAUCGAGAUUUUAUAUUCUUGCAAUUUGACACAAAAAGCGGAAUCGCGAAAUUAUGUACUAAUAUGUACCAAUAGCGUAAAAUAAGGAAUUUAAAGUAUGUUAAUGGAGACAUGUUAGGAAAAGAAAAUACAUCAUAAAUGAUGACAGUUCUUGCUUUGGUGAAGUUUGUCUAGUCAGUCGGUGAAGACAGACAUUUUGACUUUCCAACUCUAUCCAUUUGUUGCUUAGGAAAGUUCGAUUUUGAAGCUUUGUUUCCUUUUUCAUUACCUUACAGUAUUCCAGAAUACUUGAGUGGUGUUUUUGGUUAGUGAAAUUGUACAUGUAGAUAGAAAUGAUGUUUUCUUGUUGAUGAAAGCAGAUUGACAUUCUGAGAAAAGAAUGAAUCAAGAUAGCUAAAUAUUGAGAUGGAGAAAAUGUGGAAUCUUUGUCAAAACAUACUCUACAUGUAUUUUCACUGUUCUCUUGAAAAAAUUAUGUUUGUUAUAAUAUAUUAUUGUCACAUGUUCUGUGAUUUUGUAAAUAGAAAAUUUUUGAUCAUAUUUUAUACUUUUUAUUUCAAAAAAUACAUUGUGAAAUAAAAUAAAAUGAUUCUUAAAAUCUUUAUGAUAAGGCCUCUACAUGUAGAUGUUUUGCUAACAAUUCAAUGUAAUUAAGUGAAAAUUGUUAUUUUUAAGGUUUUUAAUUACUAACAGAUAUUUAAAAGAUUGUCAGUUAUGAACAAUGUAUAGUCAAAGGUUGUCUUCCAUCGGAUUUUUCUGUGUCUUAAUUGAGAGCCAUGGUUGUGAUGCAGAAGGCAUCAGUAAAUUUUACUGUUCACAAGUUUUCUUUUAUACUUGCAUCACUGAUUCACAAUGCCUGGUGAGUAAAAUGAUGGAUUGUAUUGUAUCCUUGAAAAAAAAACUAAUACAUGUUAUUAUUAAUGCUGAAGUACUAAACAAUAAAGUAUUUUAAACACAA